AUGAAGAAUAGAUAUACCGAAGAAGAUAUCGCAGAGGCUCUUAGAGCAAUUACAAAUGGAGCAAGCAUACGAAGAGCUAGCUUGGAUUAUGGUGUUCCACGUACCACACUUCACGAUCGAAUAUAUGGUGGAGUUUCGCAUCAAAAAGGCGCCCAAAUACUUCAAAAGUUAUCUCCAAUUCAGGAGAAUCGACUAGCAGAAUGGAUAUUAGUACAGGAAGCUCUUGGUACUAGCCCUACACAUCGUCAAAUCAGAGAGAUGGCAGAGCACCUCCUUAUUGUACGAGGGGAGGAUCCCUCACUUGGAAAGAAAUGGAUACAUAGCUUUUUUCGAAGGCAUCCUAAUAUUGGAACUAAGAAGCAACAUCAAAUCGAUUCUGCACGAGUUUCAGGUGCUACAUCUGAUAUUAUUAAGAAGUGGUUCCGGAACCUCGCAAUCCCUGAAAUCAAGGCUAUUAAGCCGGCCAACAGAUGGAAUAUGGAUGAAGCAGGUAUAAUGGAGGGUCAGGGUCUUAAUGGACUAGUAGUAGGAAGCACUGAUCGAAGAUUUAUUCAAAAAAAGCAACCUGGAUCUCGAAUUUGGACCUCUUUUAUAGAAUGCAUUUCAGCCAAUGGAAAAAGCAUUACUCCCCUUGUAAUAUAUAAGGGAAAAUCAGUUCAGCAACAAUGGUUUCCAACAGAUUUGACUCUAUUCAAGGGUUGCAACUUUACCGCUACAGAAAAUGGAUGGACUACAGAUGCUACAGCUUUAGAAUGGCUGAAAAAGAUCUAUAUCCCUCAAACUACCCCUAUUCAGCCGGAAAAUUCAAGACUCCUCAUUUUGGACGGACACUGA